AUGAAAAUGCGAAGGCAAUAUCUGUCGAGACGGCGAAGGCAAAGUGCUCGCAAGGCGAAGGCGCAGACUGAUGCCCAAAUCGGCAAUAGUGGCACGGGCAAUCGUCCAGGCGAGCCUGGUAAUUGGGUACCUUGGAAACGGAUAGGAUCAGGAGGCCAAGGCUCAGCAUGGAUAUGGAUAUACUUCAAUCAGAACAAUGCCAUCAUACGCAGAGUAGUCAAGAAAGACACGCACUGCAAAGAUUCGUGGUAUGAUAUCCGGGCCUGGGCCGGCAACGAUCUGAAGGACUACAACAGCCGCAUACCCUGGGAGCAUCGAUGUCAAUCGCAGCUCACUUGGAUCGCGAACGCUCGCCAUGUUGUCCGAACGACGAUGCAAUGGAGCCCAAUACUUGUUAGCGAAGCCUGGAAGUCGCAUAAAAUCUAUACGGAGUGGUGUCCCAUGGGCGAUCUAGCUGAUCUUAUAACAAAGUACAAAGAACAGCCGGCACCCAACAACUACAUUGCAGAGCCCAUGAUCUGGGCCACCGCCGAGGCGCUAGCAUUGGCAGGCCUCGCAAUGCAACAUGGCACAGAGGACGUGGACGCAGGCACGCUCGCCAACUGGAUACCCAUUAUCCACCGAGACCUCAAACCCGGCAACAUAUUCCUCGCAGACCCCUCCCCCAACGCCCAAGGUACCACCCUCUGGCCCAGCUACCCCAAACCCCUCCUCGGCGACUUCGGCCUCGCCAUCGAAACCUCACCCACCGACCCCCAUAACCCAACCUGGCACCUCGAACUAGGCACCCCCGGCUACAUGGCCCCCGAGCAACUCGCCUACAUCGACCGCACCACCCUCUUCCACCUCAACCCCACCCCUCUCACCGAAAAAACCAACGUCUUCGGCAUCGGCGUCAUCCUCUACAGCCUCUUGACCCUCAACCACGGCGCAGCCUCCGGAAUCCAACCUGAAUUCCUAGGUGCCAACCCCCAGGAUCAAAAUCCCUUCACCCUCCAAGACGACGAGGGUGACCCCUACGAUCAGAACAAUGCAGACAAAUACACAGAAUCUCUUCGCGGGCUUAUCGACGAAUGCACGCACUACGAUCCUGCCUUACGACCCGAUUUCCGCGAGAUUCUGAGAAGGACGCGGGGCCUCUUUGAUGGGCCUGGCGAUGGUCUGGGGGUAGGGGCGAGUGCCCAGGACUUGGAGGCGCAGGCGGACGUUUUCAUGUCCAGGGGGAUGAGGGGCGGGUGGGCGGGGGCGACGACUAGGGCGAGGUAUUGUUUGAAGAAUGGGGAUGGGAGUGAGUGGAGGAAGGGGGAUGUGUAUACGGUUGGGUUGAAUAGGGCGGCUUUGCAGGCGGUUGUGCCGCAGGCUUUGUGA